UAGCCGUUUCCCUGAGGCACUUCAUGACGUAGUUGAUUAGAUGCCCCGCCCCCUGGUUACUACUAAAGCGUCGCUAAGGAAAUGGACCCGAGCGUUAGGAGGGGUUGGGAAUAACACAACGUGAUUAAAAAUAAAUAACAGAUGUAUAAUAUUCGUGCGCUGUUACGUUAAAAACAAGCAUAUUUACGUUAAAUAAAAUUACUUUCUUAUAUGUGCAAAAAACAAAGACGGUGCAUGAAUGUUUUUAAUAAGAUCAAGCUGUUAUUAUCCAUGCAGUGCGAUUUGACAACGGCAUCCUUCUUCCCUGCUAGGUGAGAACGUCUUUGCAGAGAAUGGUGUUCGCCACAGUGUCGUUAUGAGUGCUAUAGGAUUCGACUUUAAUGAGCCACAGUAUUUAAAAUACAAAUGAUCGAUGUGGACUGUACUGGAAAAAGUAAACCACUGAGUUGAACAGGUUUGUGUGUUCCUGGGUUGGCUGGUCAGUGUGGUGCUGAGCUGUGCUACUGCUGGUUGCUGUGCUGAGCUGUGUCCCCUGCAGCCUGCACACACAGUUAUACCUGAACUCUUCCACCAGCGCCCUCUAGACUCUCUCUCAGCCAUGGGGACGCUACAGAGCAGACGCAGCACAUCCAUAUACAGGGCAGUUUCGGUUGUGGAGGAACGCGCCCCUGGCCAGAAGGUCGUGCGGUACAGCUCCGCUCACAGCGAUGCUGUGACCUCUGUAGCCACCCUGAACUCUGACCUGUGCGUGUCCGGAGGAUUGGAUAAGACAGUGGUGGUCUAUAACUGGAAAUCCGGCUGUAUGCAGCGAACGUUUCAGGGUCACACGCGAGACGUAACCAAGGUGGCGUGCAGCUAUAACUCCAGAGCGCUGUUCAGUGCCUCCCGGGAUAAGACAGCCCUGAUGUGGACUCUGGACAGUGAUGCCACGCCAGUGCAGCAAUUCAGCGGCCACGACCUGGUGGUGAACGGACUCGCAGUCAGUCAAGACGGGUCGCUGCUCUGCACAGGUUCCCGGGACAACUCCCUGUGUCUUUGGGACGUGGAGACCGGAGAGUGUCUGCGGAAAACCUCCAUCUCCAGGAACCUGGUCACACACCUGUGCUGGAUACCUGAGGACAGGUGCAUAGUCCAGACAUCGGAAGAUAAAAUGAUCAGAAUCUGGGACAGCCGGGAACUCCAGGUUGCACACAUCUUUCCUCCUAAGAAUUACAUCCAGAUGCACUGUGAUGUGAGCCAGGACGGGCACUACUGCCUGACCAGCAGCAAUGGCUUCGGGGGACAGGGCUGUGAGGCCACGCUCUGGGACCUGCGUCAGACUGGCAGGAUGGUGUGUGAAUAUCGGGGUCACCAGCAGAGCACGGCCUGCUGCCUCUUCCUGCCCUCCACCCUCACCGCGUCCCCCCUGAUCGGCACCUCCUCCCACGACUGCUGUGUGAAGAUCUGGAACCGGGAUACUGCAGCCUGCUUGGCGACGCUAUCCCUAGACGGCUCGGGGCCCCUUUCCUCUCUAGCAGCCGGAGACGCCUCCAGCCUGCUCUGUGCCAGUUUCAACACCGGGAUCCACCUGCUCAGGGUAACAAGCUCAGGGGGGCUGCAGCUGAGGGAGGUGGCUGGAUUCUGAGGGGAGGGGGGCACGGCUACAGCAAAACCUCAAGGACUCUCACACAGCCAUAGGGACUGCAGAUCAUUGCAUGUGUGAGCGAGGCAUAGCUUUAUCUACCAGCAUUCAGGACGGAGAUGCAGCCAAGUGCUCCAGCUCUAGAGGGCCACUUCAGAACAACACCUACCUCAGGGUUAAAAGGACUGUGACCAUGAACUUAGCAAUAACAGAGAUUCCCUUGUGUUUUAAUAAGAACAAGGUCCUGUGUAGGUUUUUUUUUUU